AGCCAAUCGAAGCGAAAAGAUAUUUCUCAAAGCUCGUCCGAUUGUGGGUUAUGCGACGUCGCAGCAAUAAUUCGUCCGGCGGUGGCGUGCUGUGUCGUGUGCAUUAUCAGUCUGGGAUCGAAGAGGGAUGUAUAAAGCAGUGGACAGUACAGCAGCGACGGGACAGCAUUGUGCCCUGCGAGGCCACCAUAUCUUGAUUUGUUCUUUUUAAUAUUACCCUGAGGUUCUCUAUCAGGAUCUUUCACCAUGGUUGAGGUCCGCAACAUCGUCGUUGUCGGCGCGUCAAGCUCUGGCCUCCAAGUCGCGCACUACAUCGCCAAAUACCUGCUACCUGUCUUAAAAAACAAAGACCGGAGCGUAAAAUACCACCUCUAUAUCAUCAACCCAAGCUCAGACUGGUUCUUCCGCAUCGCAUCGCCACGCGUUGCUACAUCCACCUCUCUCAUAUCGACCGAGAAGGUAUUCGUCCCGCUCGCCGACGUCUUUGGCAAGUACAGCAAAGACGAAGUCACAUGGAUCCAAGCAGCCGCUACUGGUCUCAAUCAUUCCGCUCGCUUAGUCGAGUACAAACGAGUGGGCGAAAAAGAGGAGGAGCAUCUGCAGUACCAUGCACUGAUCGUAGCGACCGGAAGCAGAACUUACUACCCAGCGUUCUCAACAUGGAGUGACAAAGAAACAACCCUCGAAGCACUCAAGUACACCGAGACCGCUGCCGCAGCUGCAAAAUCUAUUAUCAUCGCUGGCGGCGGCGCCACGGGCGUUGAAGCCGCCGGCGAACUGGGCGACUUCUUGAACGGCCGUCCAGGCUGGUUCUCCACGCCGCAGCGCAAAGUCGCCAUCACGCUGCUCACAUCCGCACAGCAGCUCCUCCCCACAGUGCGGAAAGCCAUUGGCGACGAGGCAGAGCGCAAGCUUAAAGGCCUCGGCGUCGACGUCCGAUACAACAUACGCGUAACAGAUGCGCGCAAAGAGCAGGACGGCAAGACCACACUGACGCUUUCGAACGGCGAAACAAUCACAACAGACUUGUAUAUCCCCGCGCACGGCGUGCAGCCCAAUUCCCAGUGGCUCCCACCGGAUCUCCUAACUGAGAAUAAGUACCUCAACACCAACGCGCGAACGUUGCGUGUGGACCUCGCUGGUCCGCGCGUGUACGCUAUCGGCGACGUGUCUAGUUACUCGCGCAAUACUGUCAUAGACAUUAUGGAUGGACUGCCUGUCCUCGUAAUCAACCUUAAGCGCGACUUGCUUGCGUACGAUGCGAAACACCCGGAGCGUGCAACGCCGGGCAAGGAUCGCGUGUUUAAGCCGAAUACGAAGGAGACUAUGGUCGUGCCGAUAGGGACGGCGACUGGUGUGGGUGUUCUUUUUGGAUUCAGAGUGCCGGGGUUCUUGGUAUGGUUGCUCAAGGGACGGGAUUAUUUUAUUGGUAUGUCUAUGAUGGGGACGGCUACGGGGUCAAAGGUUAAUGAGGUGAAGUGGACAAAGGAGGAGGAGGUUUCCUUAUAG